AUGUCGUUAAAUGGAUUGGACGCCCCGGCUGUUAAGGAAGCUCAUGAGGCUGCGGCCUCGGAGCCCGGAGGAUGGUUUCUCUUAAAAUAUGCAAGUCGUGACGAGGUCGACAUCCUCGGCCAAGGAACCGGAGGCAUCGUGGAGAUCAGAGAUGCCAUCUCCCAGUACGAAGAGCCAUCUCCGCUCUAUGGAUUCCUCAAAUACAGGAGGAGAAACGUGCUUAUCAAAUACCUACCUGAGAGCUGCUCCAGGCUGAUCCAAGCACGGUCCGUGGUUCACUUCAAUGCGGUGUCCGAGAAGCUCGUACCAUACAACACCACAUUUGAUAUCUCGACUGCGAAGGAACUCAAGGAUACGAAACUCUCUGCUGCCUGCUCUUUACAUACGGCCUCAAGCUCUACCUCGUCUUCGACAAGCUCGCUGAGGAGGCGGCGCCUGAUCGAGAUUGCCGAGGAAGAAGAAGAGGAGCAGCAAGCUGCAAAGAGACAGUCUAUCUUGAAAGAGGAAGACCAUCCGACCCCACCUUCGCCCGUCGUGCUGAACUCGGAGCUUGCCUCCUCGCCCGAAGCCUCCAAAUUUUCUAGUACGACAGAACCACCACCCUUUCUCGGCGUCGAUCAGCCCCCCUCUCCCAGCAGAUCUGACGAUGCUGGGCACCUUUCGGCACAGCUGUCUCAGCUGUCCAAUGCCGAACUGCUCAGUUACGCGUAUCCGUACGGCAAACCGAAAGUAAAGAUUGGCCCACGGCCCUCGGUGGACACGAGCGGGCGGCCACGGACGUCUGGUAGUGCCGGAAAUUGCAGGCCUAUAUCGUCUAUUCCGGCAGGCUUUAAGCUCCUAUCCAAGGGAUCUAAGAAAGGCAGAGACAACGCAGUGGCGGAAUCGUCCAAUCCGCUGAGGGAAGAGACGCCAAGUGACUUGUCCGCAACAGCAGAUGACGGCGAUAUGCUCGGUGCUGCUGCUUAUUCAACGGGUCCAACAAACACUAGCGACCUGAAGCGGCCACAUACUAGCAGCGGCCGGCCCACAACGAGCUCCGGGCUCUCCACAAAGUCUACCGCUACAACUGUAACCGUGUCUGAAACGAAGCGGAACCCCAUAACCCCUGAAAUGGCCCGCUUGAAGAAGGCCUUGAAGCUGCGAGAGAUGAAAAUGCAUGGUCACCCGCCGCUGCCCAGUCCAUCUAUCGAUGCUCCGGCUAUGCACCUCGACUCUGGCAGCUCCCAACCGGUCGACGAGUCCGCUGACACCACCUCUGCUAUGAGUGGCGAGCAGAGCCUGGUUGAUCGCUUCCCUUUGCCCGACACCAACUCGGCGGAUUCUGCCAUUGACGUUGGUCUGUUUGCGGUAGACCAUGCGUCGGUCGAUACGCAGACAACGGAUUCACACCCAGCUUCGCCCCUGGAAAUGCCGUCAGAGGUCGGUGACUCGACAAAGGCGUCGUCGCUGUCCGAGUCCACUGACGAGACAGUUUGUACCAAGUCGACCGACCAGAAGCCAGACGCGUCUGUCGUCUCCGACGAGAUUCCACUCAUUGCAGAGCCGAACAUGAACGAGAGCACAUCAACAGGCGACCUCGAUAACAGUGGCGUCCCUUCGACUGACGCGAAACAGGCCAAACGAAAAGUAAUGGUGGACCCUAUUCGCACAGACUUGGGACAUGACUUGGGCAAAACAGCCACCCAAAAAGAAGCCGACCUGUUGGACGACGAAGAUUUCAUGGAAGAACUACAGUCGGCAACGGUGGAGGAGGCGAUGCCAGUCACAGUGUCCAAGUCUCCGGCGACGCCGGUUUUCCCCAACAUGGGCCCUCUCAAACCAAUGUCCAGGCCCGGAACAAGUGACACUGUGAACCACCUUGGCCGGGCGGCCUCCAAUCCGGUUCGAGCGUCUUACCUGGCGCCGGGCGACGGCACGACUGGCUCUGCGAGGUCGGCAUCGUUUGGGGCAGCGUUCAUGGACAAGAUUGCGCAGCAGACGGCGGCCAACAACAUGCCGAAAAAGGCGACCAACGUCGGCUCAAGCAUUUCGCAACGCAUAAAGGCCCUGGAGAAGCUGACGGAAAAUGGUCGUGCCGUUACGCCGGAAAGCUCGACGCGUCUCGAACGGCCUUCGUCGACCUUUUUUGCGGUGCGCAAGCCCAGCGUGCGCGAGUCUUCUAGGUCCCCGUCCGUUGCCGAGCACGCGUCUUCUCAGAAGGCGGACAAGGCGCUGUCGCCGCCCAGCUCGCAGGAGUCGUCGCCGGAAGUGCCCAGGCUGGCGGCUAGAGAGCGGUCGGGAUCAGUGGCCAGCCGGCUGUCCGUGUUUGAAGGAGGCAACGUGCCGAGGGGCAGACCGGAGUCCAUCCAGGUCAGAGCCCGGAUACUGCGGGAUCCUGGGCAGUCAUCGGCAAUGUCGCCCGAGGCUCGCGGCGACGGUUCGGACUUUAGUCUUUUGGAUCUCAAGCAGUCACCACUCGUGGUGGACCACCAGAAGGCGGAUGGCUUCCGUCCAUCGCACGACAAGAGGAAGAGCAUCCAGGAGCGUCGGCGAUCGAAAGAACGUCGGCGGUCCCAGUCGCAAGACCGGUCGGUGGCCAGUGACACGGACGAGGCCGAGGGCAGUCGUCGUCGUAGGAGAUCGUCGCUGUCGAUGAUGAAGGACUUUAUCAAGGAGCGCCGCGGAUCUGUUCGGGGUGGGCGGUCUCCGUCGACCGACAAUGCCCAUGGGCCGGCGGCUUCAGCGUCGCCAUCGCGACCUCCGUCGGUGCACACGACUGCGAGCCUGUCCCGACGACUGAGCAUUUCUAGCCGCCGCUCCUCGAUCAGCAAGGACCGGGAUGCCAAUACGCCCCUGACGGCCCCCCUCUCGCCUUCGCUCAUGUCAGAAACGGGAGACUCUGGGGACGAAGGCAGGCCGUCGAAGAGCCGGGCGGGCCGGUUUAUGAAGAGGCUGUCCAGCUCGUUCAGUUCGGGCCGGAAGGCGACAACCCCGACACUCUCGCCGACUGUUGCCGAAGAGGAGGAGGUUCUCAACGCGAUACCGGCGGCCGAUGAGAGCGCGGCGACCCAGCAGCCCAGCAUUGUGUCGUUGAUGGGAGACGUGAAUGUGCAGUUCCCCGACAAUCUUUUGUGGAAGCGGCGGACGAUGUCGCUGGACUCGCAGGGGUUCCUGAUCCUCUGUACGGUCAACGGAGUGCCGACGGGCGCCGUCAAGCGAUACCACCUGAGCGAAUUCCGGCUUCCGUACAUACCGGAAAUGGAGGUGCAGGAGCUCCCGAACAGCGUUUGUCUGGACUUUGUCGACGGGUCCGGCCUUCAGAUCGCAUGUGAAGAUCGGACUGGUCAGACCAGUGUCCUCCAAAUCCUCCAAGCAGCCCACCAGAGCCACACGCAGUUUGGCCAGUAG